UCCUGCUGCACAAUUGGAAACUGCUCCUCAAAGCCAUAAUGAAGUCAGUACUGUGUUGUACAUGUUCACAUGGGAAUCAAGAAAGACAGUAACUUACCACAAAAGAGGACUAUUGUGAUUUGACUUCACACUGUAUUUUCAGAAGGAAAUAAAACGUGUAUUCGUACACCAACAGAUUACCAUUGCCUCCACAGUACCUGAAGUGACAAACGUCGUGUCGGGUAAGAUGUGGCUUGCAGGAAAGAAAAAAGAAGAAAGAGAGAAGAAGAGGCAAAAGAGUGGAAAAUCUGGACAUGCAUGGCAGGAUUUCGCAGUUGUUCUUGAUUAAUGCAUUAACGUGUGGCCUGGAGGUAUGCCUGGCUGCUGGGACCAUCUACAUCCCUCCAAUGCUGCUGGAGGCAGGGGUAGAGGAGCGCUUCAUGACCAUGGUUCUGGGUGUGGGGCCUGUGCUGGGGUUGAUCUUUGUUCCAUUGAUUGGCUCGUCAAGUGAUAGUUUGAGAAGUAAAUAUGGUCGUCGACGACCCUUCAUCUGGGCAUUGUGCAUGGGUGUCCUUCUUGGACUCUUGAUCAUCCCUCAGACGUCCACCCUCGUUACCCUGUUUACAACACAAGAAAGCCAUUGGCUGGAGGUCCCACUACUGGUUCUUGCCAUCUGUUUGAUGGAAUUCUGCGGCCAGGCCUGCUUCACCCCUUUGGAGGCCCUGGUAUCAGAUCUCUUUCCUGGAGAAGAUGAGAGCCGCAAGGCCUUCUCCGUGUACUCCCUAAUGCUCAGCCUGGGUGGAUGUGUGGGCUACCUGCUACCCGCAGUUGACUGGACCACUUCGGAUACUGUGGUCUACCUGGGUGGUCAAGAAGCCUUCAUUUACAUUGUACUUACCUUUAUCUUUCUUGCUUGUUUGAUGGGUACAAUCUUUAUCUCCGAAGAGCACACUGGUAGAGAAAGGGUCAGAGAAGUGGAGGUGUUAAGAAAGCCUGCAAACACUAAGAAUUGUUGGAACCCCUGUGCAGGUUUCCACAGGGUUCUUUUCUGCCGACGAACUCUCUCUAGCAUCCUAUCUGUGUUUCCGCGACUCUACACGCUCUGCAGUCAUAUGCCAAAAGUCAUUGCAAGGCUGUUUGUCGCUGAGCUGUGCAGUUGGAUGGCCCUUAUGUCCUUUAUGCUGUUUUACACAGACUUCGUUGGAGAAGGACUGUAUGAUGGGGUGCCCAGUGCAGAGCCUGGUUCCCCUGGAAGGAUACGCUAUGACGAAGGUGUACGAAUGGCGAGUCUGGGACUUUUCCUGCAAUGUGUGACGUCUGUGGUCUUCUCGGUGGUUAUGGAGCGUAUGGUGUUGCGGUUUGGUGCUAGGAAGCUGUAUCUGAGCAGCGUGGUGAUCCUGGCAGUGAGUACAGCUAUCAUGACUGUCUCUCACAACAUUACAGUAGUCACCAUUAUGGCUGCUGCAACAGGAUACACCUUCUGCACCCUGCAGAUUCUGCCCUACACGCUAACAUGCCUUUACCACUCUAAUACACAGGUGUAUUUUUCCAGUGACAGACGCAAACCUUAUCUCAGUAAAGAAGAUCUGCUUUUGGUCAAGUCUGCAGACAUACAGUUCUUGACCAAGCAGAAAAGGACCAAUGAGUGCAUCAACGGCUACCAUGGUGGCACGCCCAAUACGAUACCCUUCCAAAACAAUAUAGCAAACUCAAAACCACUUGAUCUGCAUGUGUCUGUCUCCAUGGAGUCACAACCCACGCCCCCAGCCCUCAGAGGCAUGGGUACAGACAUAGCCAUAUUGGACAGUGCCUACCUGCUCUCUCAGGUGGUACCAUCUCUUUUCAUGGGCUCCAUUGUGCAGCUCUUUAACAGCGUAACUGCCUACAUGGCCUGUGCAUCUUUGAUGAGUGUGGUGGCUGUGUACUUCUCCACUAAGAUUGUCUUUGAAAAGGCUGAUUUGGACACAAGAUGACUGUAAUUUCAUCUAUAGAGGCAAGGACUCUGGAUUGUGACAAGAAGCUUAAAAGACUACAGAAGGCUUCAGAAAUGUAAAAGGCAUCUGGUUCUGUUUUCAGUGAUAUUUAAAUGUUUUAGUGUAUAAUAUAUACAAAAUAAAAAUGGUAAAGAACUUAAAAUGUAAAUGCAAGCACUUUAUUUUAAAAGCAUUGCUUGUAAAAUAUUUGGAAAAAAAUGUGGCCUUUAAUUUCAAAUGGCAUUGGCCUAAAUUAUAUUAUCAUUCUUAUUAUUAAUAGUGCACAAUUCAGUUGACAAAAUGAUAAUUAUUUAAUCAUUAGUGUCUUGUUUCACUAUGGCUUCUGACAUUGUAAUUGCAAUUUUGCACAAUUUUAUACCCUUCAAGGAGAGCAAUUACACAAUUUACGAUGAAGGUAGUAAUAGAUUUGUGUGUGUUGAACUCUGCAAAAGAGUAAUAUUCUAAUAAUGGAUUAAUACUGUAUAAUGUUUUACUGUCAGACAAACUUUUCAAGAAGAUAUAAAAGUGUUUACUCUAACACAUUUUUGGAAUUAACAGAGUAAACCUUUAAGAUGUCUGGUUACAUAUUUGGUUCAUAGAUAUCUUCAAAUCUGAAGAUUAGCUGGUUAUGCUUCGCUUUAUCAUGAUUUGUGCUUAGUUUAUUGGAAAAACAGGUGUCUACAUGUCUCAAUAAUUUAUCUAUGCAUUUCAUUUCAUGUGUCUUAAAUAAGUUAUUUUAUCGUUUUAUUAUAUUUUUAAGUACAUCUUCACUAUUUGUUUCGGAUGAAAUAAAGUUGCUAUCUCUCAAAAUAGCAACCUUUUUAAAAGAUAAAAGCUAUCUACAACACAAAUAUCGUGUCUUUAAAGUUGGUUAGUUUGAAGUUGCGGAUUAUUGUUGUUUUUAUUAAACAUUGACUAUGUUUAUAAUGGCAUACUACCUAGGGUGACCAGAUUCCUGCUUGUGGAACACGGGACAGCCCCCUCCCAGCAAAAAUGAAAUUGAUGUAUCUUAGGCGCAGAUCAAUGCAAAGUAAAGGGUGCAUCCGCAUCUGUAACUGUUGUCACCUUGUACUUUUCGUUGGCAGCAGUUUUUCUUAGUAUGCGCUUGUCUUUCAAGAGUUUAUCAUAAAAUGCAGAGCAGUCCAGUCCAAAAUUAAGACGUACGAAAAGCAUUGCCUUCAUGAAUGUUACACUCGAGAUUAGAGUCGAGAUUUACCCAAUGUCCAUGCUGCGUUAAUUAAUGAGAACACACGCUCCACAGAUGCAGAUGUCCCAGGCAGGCAAAAACUAAUUUCAUGACCUUGGCUAAGACUCCGAAGUUGAUAGUCUUGCUCUCCAGCUCAUGAAAAACAUCUGUCCAUCUCUUAGACACGGCCGUCUUAUUCAUGUUCCACUCAGUGAUGCGACGAGUGACAAUGUUAUUCGCACAAGCCCAUUCAUCAAAGAGCGUGGUUUCGUCAAUCAAACUGAGAGCGGGGAUUCUGGAGUAGAAGUGUUCGAGGCUGCCCUGAAUGUCUUUCCACUCUGGGAUGUCUCUCAGUAGAGCCCACUCAAGUUUUUCUGUGUUCUCCAAUAAGCGGCUCCAAUUUUGGAGGUAAUCCAGCGAUGCUGAAUAAAAGUUUCUCACUGCACAAGAGAAAUCAUCUGCUCGCAUGUCACCAGCUUCAACCAGGGCGUCCUAUUGCUUUGAAAUGCCAGAGGGUAGGAAUGAUUCCUCCAGCCUGGCCUGCAAGACUUUUCUCAGGUCAUGAAUGUGCAAAGCUAUGGCCGUGCACAACAGAAUAAUAAGCAAAAAGUCUUGUCAGAUUCGGAACUUUGCUUCACAAAAAAAUCGCUAACACUUGGUGUGGCACACUUACUUUUAGCAGCAUCCACAUGCUUUUUUGUACGAACAUGCUGCGCGAUGUCGGUGCGGCCUCCAUGGGCGAUGGAAAAGCGAGCUCCUCAAAUCUCACACCUCACUUUACUAGGCUCUGUCUGUCACUCCUUUUUUAGAAAUAUAAACUCUUUUUGAAGAUCCUCAUUAAAUGUAUAUGCACGAUUCCUUGACAUUUUUCCAGCCGCAAUUUCAUUUGUGUGCUUUUUCAAACUGACUCUUCAAUCAGUUCACUAACUGGAUGUCUAUUGAUAGGGGAUUGUGAUUGGAUAGUUUAAUCCAGUCAUGUACUUCAAAUAACACAGUGUGAUUUUAUUGGUUUUACAAGCCGUAUCCUUGGUUACCUUUGAUUAGAAUACUCACGUGACUGAGAAAGCCGCAUAUGUGACAGAAAAAUUUUAGGAGAGGGGAAAUAUGGGACAAAACACAAUUUUUUUUUUCAGAAUAAGCCAGGACACUAGAAAAGUGCUUAAAUACGGGACUGUCCCAGGAAAAACGGGACAUCUGGCCACACUAAUACUACCAUACUACAGUUGCUAUGCAGUAUUUUGCACAUGCAGUAUGCAAAUGUUCUUUUAGACAUUUGCCAAAAUGCCAUGCUCUUGACUUGACCUUCUGAAUGGAAUACUAAUAUUAGUUUACUAUCUUGUCAGUAUUGUGCAGAAUAUACUGUGUACUACAAUAUUUUUUUUUAAUAAUUAGUAAAACAGUAGUCAUUAUGCAACAAUAAAUGUUUAAACAGUUAUAUUUGAUAUUGUUGUCACAUGACCAUCACAUUGCAUGUGAGCAAUUAACUUGCAAAUUACAACAGAUAUUUAUAUAUAUGUAAAGUCUCUUAACGUUUUGGUAGUCUGAUCGAAUAAUGAAUCAAAAAAUUAUGUUAAAACAUAUUUUACAGCGGAUGUAUGUUCAUUCAUCACACUAGAAACGGAAGGUUACAUACAGUAGGCUGCACAGUAUACAUACAGUAGGCUGCAGAAAUAGUAUGAGUAGUAAGCUCUUUGCUAUUCUGAAAAUAGGCUAGUUUUCCAGUGUCUGGGAGGAUCAUUAGGUUCUUUUUGUAAGCUACUGCCAUCUUGUGGUAUUAUAACAGCUGUUUUCAUUUAUGCAGUUAUUGCCAAAGAUGCUAGAUUUACACCCACAUAAGUUUAUUCAUUGAUUUAGUAGUUAAUUCAUUCAUUUAAAGUCUUUUUAAUAUUUCCCAUUACUGUUUUUCUUUUCUAGUCUCUACAGUUUUCUAAAUGUAGGCCUAACAUGUGGCUGUGUUUCGAACAAGCAUAUGGUGUUUUGACCAUUUUAUAAUUUGUAUUAUUCAUCUUUCAACAUUUUAUCUUUGAAUGCAUGAAUAACAAGUCUUGGAACUUACACUACCAGUUAAAAUUUAUAAAAGUUAUAUAAGACACACCGACUCUUUCUUUAUUAUUACUAUUUUCCACAUUUUAGAGUAAUAGUAAAGUCAACAAAACUUUGAAAUAACACAAAUGGAAGUAUGGGUUUUAAACUUAAAUUUAUAUUUUAUAAAUACAUAAAUAUUUUAUCUUAUAUUUUAGCUUCCUCAAAGUAGCCACACUUUAAAUAGAUUAUAGCUCUGCACACACCAUCUUAUCCAUUACAAUUAGUAAAUAAUAAAAAUAAAGGAGUAAAAAUUAAAUAAAUACAUUUGUAAUUUAGUAAAGAAAUUCAUUUUGUAGGCUAAAUUUAUGUUUAUUUACAAAGCACAGCAAUUAAGCA